UCUGAAGAUUUCUCGUGCCCAAGAGAAGGAUGCCCAGAAGAAGUUAGAUCAUCUGAAUGACUGUGAGCAUCAGAUUCAAAUGCUGAAGGAUAAGAUUUCUAUCCUGGAUGCCGAGAAGUCUCUUCUCCAAAGCAGGCUUGCACGGAGCCGCUCUCCUUCCCCAAGGCGCAGAGAGAACAAGUCACUCGGUCCACUUCCCCCGAGGAGCUGCUCACCUGGCCGAGCCAGGCGCACAAACGCUUCCCGUCGCGCCUGCUUGAUAGCUCGCUUCGGUGACAUUUAUGAUCAUAGACGCUUGGACGCAGAGACCUUUUUGAAGGCAUACAUCAGUGACAUGGAGAUGGUACACAGGAUAAUAUACAUUGCAGCUGUGGAGUCUUUUCAUGCAGCGAAGAUGGCCUACAGGCAGUUCAAACUACGUGUAACAGAGACACUGUCUCUCGGUCACACGGGGCCUGAGUCACUUGAAGAUACUGUCCUGGAUUAUAUAGUUGACCAUGAAGAUCUGUACGAUGUUCAAGCCAGUGUCAAUGAAGUAAUUCGCUCCAUGAACAUCAACCCGAAGAUUUCAUUUCCGCCAGAAAUUGAUUUCAUUGUGAUCAGCACUUUGAUUCGAGAGUUGUGCCGUGUGGCUUUUUCAAUGCAGACACUUGCUCCUCCUCUUGAUGUUGCCUUUGGGAUUGAUGGAGAACUUUUCAGUGACACCAG